AAACAUGGCUUGAUCAAUUGCUAAGGUCCGAUCGCAGAAAGCAUACAUUGAAGAGGGCAGGAAACGCAGACGAUUUGUACAUUCUAAAACUCAAGAAAAUAUGAAGUAUCUGUGA